AGACCAGAGACUACACUUUGUCACACACAGAGAGAGACAGAGACAGAGAGACAGAGAGGUUACGAGUAAGUGGUUGAGGACUUGGCAGCAGUUGAACAGAGACUUUGGCAAGAAAAAGAGGAAAAGGGAUAUAUUAGGACAGUUAAAGAAAACACAUUCCACUUCAGAGAAGGACACAGCACAAUCAAACAUGCAGGUGCAAGUUCUGAUUCUUCUAGCAACAACCCUGGCUAUCUCAUGCUGCCUGUCUGAGAAGGAGGUGUUUGUGGAGAGCGGCUCAGUGGCAGUGUUGCCAUGUGUGGUGCACUCCUUCAAUGCACAUUCAUCUGCAGUGCAAUGGAAAAAGGCUAUUGGAAACGAGCUGAAGACAGUAUGGCGUAGGGACAGGAGCGGCCUCGAGUUCCGGCCAGUGGGGAGAGGUCCACGUGCUCACUGUCCCCAGCCAAACUUUGGAAAGGGGGAUUACAGUCUUCAUAUUGAGGGAGCAAGGGUCGAGGAUGGAGGGACGUACUACUGUGUUGUAGAAGGCAACACAGUGUAUGUUGAGGUCAUACUGCGAGUUGUCAGAGUGUCCUUCAGUCCCACUGAAGUGGUGGAGGGCAACGAACUGACGAUUACCUGCAGCAUCACUCCACAACAAGGCAGCAUGGUAACGACGUGGGAACUGAAUGGUUCACAGGAGCCCUCUCGGACAUCCUUUCAGACACUAAGACAUUCUAAUGUGUCUCAAAAGGAGUCUGGAAUCUGGAGUUGCCUGGUUCGGAGAAGAGCAUCUGGAGAAGUACAGUUAAAAGCAUCUGCAUCACUGCAAGUCAAAGGAAUCUUAAACCCUAAGGAUAAUCCCACAGUAGUGUAUGCUGAGGUGGGGUCUUCCGUCACCCUGCCCUGCAUCUUCUCUGAUGAGCUCAUUUCAGACACUUGGAAGAAAGUGUCCACUACAACUAGCAUGCCUGUUCCACUCCCUCCAUCUUUCAAGACUCCCUCCGGCCCUAUAGUCACGCAGUGGGACAGGUCAGCUUACAUUGAUACUGUGGAGGAGGCAGAUCAAGGCAUGUACAAGUGCUCUGGACAGAUGAAGAGUGCUGAUGGGAAAGGAGUGUCAGUUGAGAGGAACAUUCAGCUGGUCAUUGCUCAAGUUAAGAGAUUAUCCAGAAGUGGUCAAAUGACCCUGACCUGUGACAUUAGUGACACCAAUCAAGUCACACAAUAUGAGUGGCUCCGUUUGGACAGUGGUGAAAAUGCAACUCAUACCCUGACCCCUCUACAAAAGUCGAAAUCAAAGGCCUUUACCAUUCCCAAAGGUGAAGCAAACAAUCUGGGUGGAUGGGUGUGUCGUUUCUACAGCCAGCAGAGGCUUUUGGGAAAUGUAACUUACCACCAAGAAAUGAUGAGUUCUUUGAUGGGCCAGAACGAGUCUGGAAGCAGUAAAAAGGUGAUCACUGUGAUAGGACUGACCUUGCUGUUAAUGCUGGUACUGCUAAUCUUGCUCCAGAUAUAUAAGAACCAUCGCAGGAGAAAAAUGAUCAUGCAGUAUCCAGCUAUGGAGACCAUUGUCCACCUGGCCACAAAUGAACGAGAAAGGAGAGAAAGAUGUAAGUCCAGAGAGAAGGAGCUGAAGGCCAGCUGCAAUGCAGAUAUGAUAUCAACAUCUGUGUGAAUUCUUUACUGGUGUGUGAGGAUUUUAUGCUGAGGUUUUAAGGUCUGACUUUUGCUCUGUGCGCAUUAUUAGUGUAUAUAUGAGUGUCUGUGUGUGUGUGUGUGUGUGUGUGUGUGUGUGUGUGUGUGUGUGUGUGUGUGUUUGACACUUGCAGACAACUGUAGCAUGUAAAUAGGCCAUAACUGAGUAAAACUACUAAACUAUUUUCUUAAAAUGCUGAUCUUUAUGAUGUUGCAUAAACAAACAAAAAUAAAAUACUGUAUAUGUAUACAACAAAAAUAAAACGACUUACAAAAUAAA